UAAAUACAAGUAUUUGUGUUCAGGCGUCAUAGGUAAAUUCCAUAGGGUCGGGUGUAGCAGGCCAGUAAGUGGUAUUUGACAGGGAGUGAAAGCGAAUAUUAUACCAGAACAAUAUGGCACCUCUGGUGGAUAAGGUAGAAGAUCAUUUAGAGGAAGAUGAAAAUCCACAUUUCAAAAAACUCGUUUCUCCAUCAGCUGACGACUGGAAGUUCAAAAUACAUCCCCUCUUUUUCCCCUUUGUCCUUAUUUAUACCACUUGCGGGAUCUACGGAGGUUUCCUGCUCAUGUUUGCAAAACCACAAACUAUUCUUUUCACACUAUUCCUGGUGUUUCCCUCAAUGCUGGGUCUAGGCGCCGGCGUGCACAGGCUGUGGUCACAUCGAGCCUUCAAAGUCAAGCCUCAACUGGAAAUAUUGCUCAUAUUCUUUUACCUGCUGGCUAACCAACGCUCCAUAGUGACUUGGGCUAGAAGACAUCGCCUUCAUCACCAAUGUUCAGACACAGAUGCUGAUCCCCACAACGCUACUAGAGGCUUCUUCUUCUCCCAAUUCGGAUGGAUGUGCGUUGAACCCCAUCCAGAAGCGCAAAAAAGAGAAAAGUAUAUAGACGUAUCAGACCUUAUGAACAACCCAAUCAUCAGGUUUCAGGAAAAAUACAUCACUCCACUGCUUUUGUUAGUUGCCUAUUUCAUUCCAACCUACAUACCGACGCUGUGGGGAGAGUCGCUAUACGUAUCGUUUUUCGCCAACAUUUUCCGAACCAACUUGGUAUUAUUCAUGAUAAAUUUGAUAAACAGUGCCGCUCACCUAAUAGGUUACAAACCGAUCGACGCGACAGCCGUCGGGACGCAAUACCAAGGUCUUGGCCUGAUCAUCUUUGGAGAAGGUUUCCACAAUUACCACCACACGUUCCCGUACGACUAUAGAUCAUCAGAAUUCGGAGAUAUCAAAUACAACUUAUCAGCUUUAUUUAUUGACUUCAUGGCUAAAAUUGGAUGGGCAUACGACCUUAAAGUGACUUCGGAAAGUGUAAUUAAAAACAGGGUUUUGAAGAAGGGCGAUGGGACUGAUAUGUAUUAUAUACCUAACAACGAAAAAAAACAAGACUUCUUUUGCACCAAGUAUUAUAAGCCAUCUUCUUAAGAUAGUAACAUAGAUAUCAUGCGUCUCAAUGCAAUGUUAAACAAUAAUUAUUUUAAUUCCCAGAAUUAUUAGACUUUAUAUGGGCUUAAAAACUUGUGAUAUUUAUUUAUUUAGAUUAUCAAAAUUUUUAAUGAUAAAAUUAGGCAAUGUCUAAAAUAAACAUUUAUG